AAUGUCUGUCAGACUGACAGUGAAACAGUGAGCAGGGCUGUUACGGACCAACAUGAAAACACACAGGACAGGACAGGACAUACCGUCUGCCAUUAGAACCGGGGGGAACGCUGAGGCGCAGUGAGAGUUGUUGAAGUUCUGAUAACUAUGUUUCUUCAGCCUCUGCUUCACAGAACUAUGUGCACGUAUCCAUCCUCGCCUGCGUAAGUGUCUAUAUUUCCUCCGCCCGUGCCGCCGGUGGAACGCAGCGGUGGUGGUGGUGAUAUCUUGGAGCCCCGGUCGAGCUGGGAGGCUACUGCGGGCGCUGGAAUUGAGCUUUGCGCUCUGCGGCGGAUGAGCCCGGCAUGGAGAUGUUGCGCCGCUCCUCUGUGUUUGCGGCUGAAGUGUUCGACCGCUCGCCCACCGACAAGGAGCUGGUGUCCCAGGCGAAAGCUCUGUGCCGAGACUACAUCAACUCAAGGCUGAAUCGUGUCGGUAUGGGCUGGACUAGCCCUGAACACGGACUAGCUUCAUCCUCAGGGACAAUGAGAGAGAUUUCAUCGGUUUUGCUGUGGUUAGGCGAUGAGCUGGAAUACCUCCGACCCAAUGUUUAUCGUAACGUAGCGCGGCAGCUAAAUAUCACUGUUGCCUCGGAGAGUGUGGUCUCUGACGCCUUCCUGGCUGUGGCGGCUGACAUUUUCUCUACAGGUAUAACAUGGGGAAAGGUGGUGUCCUUGUACGCAGUGGCGGGGGCCUUGGCAGUGGAUUGUGUUCGCCAUGGUCAUCCUUCAAUCGUCCAUACCAUUGUGGACUGCAUGGGAGAGUUUGUCCGCAAGAGUCUGACCUCCUGGUUAAAAAAAAGAGGCGGCUGGAUGGAUGUCACUAAGUGUGUGGUCAAUACUGACCCCAGAUUCAGCUCUCACUGGUUGGUGAUGGCUGCCUGUACCUUUGGACAUUAUGUGAAGACCAUUGUGUUGUACCUGCUCAGGGAGAAGUGACAGAAUUGGACCUAGACUGCACACUACACCACCAUCACAAAAGCCUCUGCACUGAAGACUCCACUGCUAUGGAUAAGGUUUAAACCUGUUUGCACUUCAGGUUUCAGUAGUGACCACAUGUAUCCUUUAGACAACCCUUGUUUCCUCUAUUUAUUAUUGGAGAUUAUUCUCUAUAUUUCAGCACAUGCCACAUGAAUGUACAAAUAACACCCAUUUCCAAUGUUCUUUCCAGUAAGAGCAGACAUUUUCGUGGCCUCUCUUUGAGGAGAACAUGGUUCGCAAAAGAAACUGAUAAAACCUUAAGCUUCUAAUUCAGUUGACUUUUCAACUGAACACAAGCCAACAUAAUGCCACAUGUGAAAUUGCAGCCUUCUAAUU